CAGGGCUACAUUAGAUGCUGACAAUGACAGCCUGUCAUGGUAUAAUCAGAGGCAGCCCGAGGGCCCCGUCGGUGGUGAAAUGAUCCCCCCGCCACCCCCCUCCUUCGGGGUUUGGAGCUGCUCCCAGGGCCAGGGUAGAUGAAGAGCCUGGCUGCUGGACCGACUGACGGUGUGACAAAAGGACAGGCUAAGAGAAUGACAGGCCGGCGGGCGUGCAGCGUAGCUGCUGUCAGCGCCGUAUGUCUGCCUUGAGGGUCUCGCAGCUGGCCCCAGGGCACGAGUGGAUGCUGCUAUUGACAGACUAACAGCGUGAAUGGGGGGCAGGGGUCUGAUGAGGCGGUGGUCGUGGUGAAUGACCCAUUGUCUGAUUUGAGUCGGGUGACUGCCUGAGCAGCUGUGUGUGGCGGUAGUCCACCUGGGGAGUCAUGGCCUGCUUGGGGUUAAAAAUGUGGUGACGGACUGACUGACGGCCGUAAUUGGGGGUCUGACAAGACGGAGAAUCCCCCCGUGCGGCUGGCUGACAACGUGAUUGGCUGAUAGCGUGACAGACAGACCGGCGUACGGGCAGGGCCUCCGGCAACCUCGGCAGCCACAGCCGUCGCCGCCGCCGCCGCCCAGACGCACUCUGGGAAAGCGCCGGCGAGCACCCGCCUUCGGGACCGAGCCGGGUGGCGGGGAGGGGUCCGGUCACGGCUCGCCGGUUGGUCCGCGCUGGCGCUGCUCGCGGCGCGGCGCGGCCAAUAGGCUGCGCGUUCUCGGCCACGCCCGCGCGAGCUCUCUUCUCGCGAGGCCGGUUAGGCCCGAAUGUCGUUAGCCGUGGGGAAAGAUGGCGGAAAAUUUAAAAGGAUGCAGUGUGUGUUGCAAGUCUUCUUGGAAUCAGCUCCAGGACCUGUGCCGCCUGGCCAAGCUCUCCUGCCCUGCCCUUGGCAUCUCCAAGAGGAACCUCUAUGACUUUGAAGUCGAGUACCUGUGCGAUUAUAAAAAGAUCCGCGAACAGGAGUAUUACCUGGUGAAAUGGCGUGGGUACCCAGACUCAGAGAGCACCUGGGAGCCUCGGCAGAAUCUCAAAUGUGUGCGCAUCCUCAAGCAGUUCCACAAGGACUUGGAACGGGAGCUGCUCCGGCGGCACCACCGGUCAAAGCCGCCGCGGCACCUGGACCCAAGCCUGGCCAACUACCUGGUGCAGAAGGCCAAGCAGAGGCGGGCCCUCCGGCGCUGGGAGCAGGAGCUCAACGCCAAGCGCAGCCACCUGGGACGCAUCACCGUGGAGAACGAGGUGGACCUGGACGGCCCCCCGCGGGCCUUCGUGUACAUCAACGAGUACCGGGUGGGUGAGGGCAUCACCCUCAACCAGGUGGCCGUGGGCUGCGAGUGCCAGGACUGUCUGUGGGCACCUGCCGGAGGCUGCUGCCCGGGGGCCUCGCUGCACAAGUUCGCCUACAACGACCAGGGCCAGGUGCGGCUGCGAGCCGGGCUGCCCAUCUACGAGUGCAACUCGCGCUGCCGCUGCGGCUACGACUGCCCCAACCGCGUGGUGCAGAAGGGCAUCCGCUACGACCUCUGCAUCUUCCGCACGGACGACGGCCGCGGCUGGGGUGUCCGCACACUGGAGAAGAUCCGCAAGAACAGCUUCGUCAUGGAGUACGUGGGCGAGCCCUUACAGAGUGGGACUGAAAAGAAGACAAGAGAGAAGGAACCGUUUGUGCCCUGGAGGGUUUGCGGUGUGACUCACUCCUGGGGAGACUCAGGGAGCAGAUCAUUACCUCAGAGGAGGCAGAGCGGCGGGGCCAGAUCUACGACCGCCAGGGCGCCACCUACCUCUUCGACCUGGACUACGUGGAGGAUGUGUACACCGUGGAUGCCGCCUAUUACGGCAACAUCUCCCACUUUGUCAACCACAGUGUGGGUACCCCGCAGGCGGGCGGGGGGUCGGGAGGGGCAGGCGGGGCCCCUCCUCAUCCUCCCGCUCUUCUCUUUUGCCCAGUGUGAUCCCAACCUCCAGGUGUACAACGUCUUCAUAGACAACCUUGAUGAGCGGCUGCCCCGCAUCGCUUUCUUUGCCACAAGAACCAUCCGGGCAGGCGAGGAGCUCACCUUCGAUUACAACAUGCAAGUGGACCCGGUGGACAUGGAGAGCACCCGCAUGGACUCCAACUUUGGCCUGGCCGGGCUCCCUGGCUCACCCAAGAAGCGCGUCCGUAUCGAGUGCAAGUGUGGGACUGAAUCCUGCCGCAAAUACCUCUUCUAGCCCUUUGACGUCUGAGGCCAGACUGACUUUGGGGGCCUCAAGCUGCCCGCCCCACCCACCCACCGCUGCCCUCCUGUCGAGGAACGACUGCCAGGGCCUCCUCCCUGCCUCCACCUGCCCCAUGCUCGGGGCCGCAGGGCCGCGGGGAGUCGUCCCCCCCCAUCCCAGCCCCAUCCGUGGGUUGCACUUACGAACCCCCGCCCGCCUUCGGAAGUGAUUUUUCAACAUCAGGACUUUUCUGCAGUUGGGAUUCAUGGCCUAGCGAGGAGGUCCAAGGGCUGAGCCCCAGCCCAGACCUGGAAUAGAAAGAUGUUUGUUUUUGCACCUGCUUCUGCCUGGAGCUUGAGGGGUCUGUCGCAGGCCCUCUUCCUACUGCCCCAAGGGUGUGGGGAAGCAGCCCCCUGGCAGGCUGGCACCAGAGCCCAGGGUUCCCAGCCCGCCCGUCUCCCCUACCACAGAGAUGCUGUGCACGUGGAAGAAAGGGGGCUCCAGGGCUGGGGGCUGAGGCUGGUUCCUGCUCAUGCUCACACGCUGACUAGUGUUGGCCCAAGAGCCGUUAGGGUCUCUUUUCCAGGGCUGUGCAUCUGAGAAGUGACUCCCACUUGCCACUGGAAGGGGAGUGGCUGCCCACGGCCCACUGGCCAGCAAGGGGCGGUCCAGACUCUCGCAGCCCUUAAGGCGGGUUGGGACUGAGCUCUGCCUUUGGGAGUACACGGAAGGUGCCCGGGGCUCUCAGAGCUCGGAGGGUGCGAAGGAGCCCUGACCUGGGGUGUGACAACCGCUGGGAGUACCCAGAGCUGGAACCAAGACCUAGCUAGGCUGUAGAUAGCACUUAGGACAAAAUGUGCAUUGAUGGGGUGCUGAUGAGGUGCCAGGCACUGGGCAGAGCACCUGGUCCACGUGGAUUGUCUCAGGGAAGCCUUGAAAACUAUGAAGGUGGAUCCCAGGAAAGAGCCCAUGUGGCAGAAGGCAAAGCACAGGCCAAGAACAGGGGGUGGGGAUGGCUUACCCGAGAAGGUAUGGCAAGGCAGGGGAAGCCUCUGCUGCCCCCUCCCCCCGGCCCCAGCCCCUAGCCCUUCGCGCUCACCUCGGGUCCACUGGUCUCAAAAGUUACCUGCCCACAAACACACGAAAGGCGAAGGCUCUGAAGGCUGCCUCGCCCCUCGCUUCCCCUGUGAGGUCUUCUCUAGGAAGCCCUCCCCGACUACCUGUGCGCAGAGUGUCCCUCCGUGAGACUGUGCCCCGCCACCAGAUGCCAGAUGUGUGUGUCUGUUUGUGUGUCUGCCUGUGUGUCCGUGUUCCCCACCCCCAGACUGACCUUCAGGCAUGGACUGAAUCUGAUUCCCCUCUUGGAUGUCCCUUGGCCCUACCCAGCCUGGGAUAGGCAUCAAUAAAACAGAUCAGUGACUGAA